UGUUAACCUGAAGGAUGGGGGAGGGGGAACCAGAAGAAAAUGUGCGUAGACUAUAUUAGAAAAAGGUGAGGACAUACUGUCACACUUGUUGCAGAACAAGCCAUGGGCCGGAUCUCCCACUGAUCUGCAGUUUCUUUGCUUUUAAAAUGUUGAGUGAGAGAGACGAACACGAUAUGCAUGCCAAGGAGCAGUUCAUCAUGUCUCAUGCCGCGCUCUGCACCAUACCGCUCGCGCUUACAGCGGGAGAUGCUGCUGUCGCCUCAGCGGAGACCGAGCGCACGAGACGCACACCUGCGCGAGGUGUAUCCGACACUCACGGAGAAGAGUUUACCUACAGCGAUAGAGACACCUGCUGUCGCCCUCAUGGACCUAUGUUAAACAGGUGCAUGACUCUUCCUGGUACUCUGAUUGACAGUCGAGGAGAAAACGAAUCCACCAAGACAGAGUUAACAGAUCUUCAUGAAGUUGAGGGAUCCAAACACGAGUUUGGCCAUCACGCGCACAGGUUAUUCGACAGCGACGAUGACCUGGACUAUCAUGCGCACCAUCACUGGCAUCCUCAUGAUAGCAACUCGCACUAUUCGUUUGAGGCUAUGCAGCGCAGACACACCACCCUGAGAGAGAAAUGUCGCAGGCAGGCUGUCCGUGGCCCCGCGUACAUGUUCAGCGAGAGAGGCACCAGUCUGACCGAAGAGGAGGAGCGUUUCCUUGAUGCCGCAGAGUACGGAAACAUCCCCGUGGUCCGUAAGAUGCUUGAGGAGUCCAAGACUCUGAAUGUAAACUGUGUGGACUACAUGGGCCAGAAUGCAUUGCAGCUUGCUGUAGGAAACGAGCAUCUGGAGGUCACAGAACUGUUGCUGAAGAAAGAGGGGCUGGCAAGAGUGGGCGAUGCCUUGCUGUUAGCCAUUAGCAAGGGCUACGUGCGGAUAGUGGAGGCCAUCCUGGCCCAUCCGGCAUUCGAAGGCGGUCUCCGUCUGACUCUGAGUCCUCUGGAGCAAGAGCUACGAGAUGACGACUUCUACGCAUACGAUGAGGACGGGACUCGCUUCUCCCAAGACAUCACACCUAUGAUCCUGGCGGCCCACUGCAAAGAGUACGAGAUUGUACACAUCUUGUUACUCAAGGGGGCUCGCAUUGAAAAACCCCACGACUAUUUCUGCAAGUGCGGCGAGUGUGCGGAAAAACAGAAGCAGGAUUCUUUCAGCCAUUCACGAUUAAGGAUGAACGCUUAUAAAGGCCUCGCCAGCGCUGCUUAUCUGUCACUGUCUAGUGAAGACCCUGUGCUCACAGCCCUGGAGCUCAGCAAUGAGCUGGCACAACUCGCCAACAUUGAGACUGAGUUUAAGAAUGACUACAGGAAACUCUCCAUGCAGUGUAAGGACUUUGUGGUUGGCGUUCUGGAUCUCUGCAGAAACACGGAGGAAGUGGAGGCCAUUCUGAAUGGAGAUGUAGACCAGAGCCCUCCGAGCGAACACCAUCGGCCCUGCCUUAGCCGGGUUAAACUGGCCAUUAAGUACGAAGUCAAAAAGUUUGUGGCUCAUCCUAACUGCCAGCAGCAGUUACUGACGCUGUGGUACGAGAAUUUAUCAGGCCUUAGGCAAACGUCAAUUGGUGUGAAAUGUUGGACAGUGCUGGGAGUGAUGGUGGGCUUGCCAUUUCUUGCCAUUGCAUAUUGGAUUAUGCCCUGCAGCAAGGUGGGCCAGGUUCUCCGCAGCCCCUUUAUGAAAUUUGUAGCUCACGCAGUCUCAUUCACCCUCUUUCUCGGUCUUCUUGUUCUCAAUGCCUCUGACCGCUUCGCAGGAGUCAAAAACCUUCCUAACGAAACCAUCACUGAUCAUCCGCGGCAAAUCUUUCGCAUCAAAACCACUCAGUUCUCUUGGACAGAGAUGUUGAUAAUGAAGUGGGUACUGGGAAUGAUUUGGACGGAGUGUAAGGAGGUUUGGGCUGAUGGGCCGCGUGAAUACAUUAUGCAUUUGUGGAAUGUGUUAGACUUUGGCAUGCUGUCGGUCUUCGUGGCGUCAUUCACUGCGCGGCUUAUGGCUUUCCUGCGAGCCUCCCAUGCACAGCUGUAUGUGGAUUUGCAUGUGACCAAUGCAGACUUGAUCAACGCCUCAUUACCAGCAGACGUGGCCUACUUCACUUAUGCCAGGAACAGGUGGCUUCCCUCAGAUCCUCAGCUCAUCUCUGAGGGGUUAUACUCCAUCGCUGUGGUACUCAGUUUCUCUCGUAUCGCCUACGUUCUGCCAGCCAACGAGAGUUUCGGACCCUUACAAAUAUCCCUUGGGCGCACUGUUAAGGAUAUUUUUAAAUUCAUGGUCAUAUUUAUCAUGGUCUUCCUUGCCUUCAUGAUCGGCAUGUUUAAUUUGUAUUCCUACUACUUAGGAGCAAAAUACAACCCUGCUUUUACCACGGUAGAAGAAAGCUUUAAAACGCUGUUCUGGUCCAUCUUUGGUUUAUCUGAGGUGAUCUCUGUGGUCUUGAAGUACGAUCAUAAGUUCAUUGAGAACAUUGGUUACGUGCUUUAUGGGGUCUAUAAUGUCACAAUGGUGGUGGUCCUGCUUAAUAUGCUCAUAGCCAUGAUUAACCACUCAUACCAGGAAAUUGAGGAGGAUUCUGAUGUAGAAUGGAAGUUUGCUCGUGCAAAGCUGUGGCUCUCCUAUUUUGAUGAAGGCAGCACUCUUCCACCCCCGUUUAAUCUAAUGCCCAGCCCCAAAUCCUUCUAUUACAUGGCUCAGCGCACCAAAGCAUGCCUAGUGAGUUUAUGCAAGGCCAGGGUCCGUAGCAACAGCAGCCAGCAGGACGUGGGAAUGGCCAAUUCACGGUCUAAGCUUCAUCGGUUUCGAUCUUACCAAGCACAAGAGGGAUUCACAGUUAGAAAUCCCAUCAAACACCCCACACGAUAUCAAAAACUCAUGAAGCGUCUCAUCAAGCGGUAUGUCCUGAAAGCCCAAAUUGACAGUGAAAGUGAUGAGAUCAAUGAAGGUGAGUUGAAGGAAAUUAAGCAGGACAUUUCCAGCCUCCGCUAUGAGCUCCUGGAGGAAAAGUCACAGGCCACUGAAGAACUUGCUGAACUGAUCCAGGAGCUUGGAGACAAACUCAGCAAAGGAACCAAGAGACCAUGAAAAAUGAACUCUUGUGAAUGUAGCUGAAAGUGUCAUAGGCCGAAACUCCAGCUCAUUAAAUACAGAUUUGCUAAAAUAUUUAGUUUAGAUACAAACUUUAAAGUCUCUUUAUACUCUCAAGACUUUAGUUUGUGAAGUAGGUAUGAUUUGUGGUUGCCAUUUGGGUGUAGGAUGCAAUUUAAUAAAGUAAUUCUAGUAACUCGGGAGAGAUGCAAUGCUAUAUGAUAAUACCAAUAAAUUCAGAUGAAUUUAUGACCACAAUACCUACUGUUAACACAAAAUCAGUACAGCUAAAUGUGUUGAACAUUAUGACAUUAGUCCUGGUCCUGGAGUAUCCCAGUGCUGCACAUUAUGGUCUUGGAGGCUUGACUUACGAGCUUAUGAUAUAAAUAAAAAGGUGUGUAAUAAUAACAAAGACAUGUGCAUGGGGAACUCCAGGACCUGGACAGAGACGCAGUAGCAUUUUUGUUUAUUUAAAUAAUAUAUGUAUGAUGAAUACUGAAUUGCAAUGUACAAAAUUAAAACCAUGUACAAGGGUAAAUCUCACAAAACCUGUCAAAAACAUGUCCAAGUCAUAUUUCACCCUAAACUCAUGAGAAAGAAAUACAUCAUUAUAUUUUUGAAUGAAGAAAAAUUUUAAAGGACCGUUAAAGUUGGCAUGAAACUGUUUUGAUAGUCUUUUCUUCCUUAUUGUUACGUAUAUCUGAGUGAAACAUGAAAGGAAAAACGGGAAAAUAGGGUGGGACUUGAGUUUGUCUAUGGGGAAUUGAGUGGAAGGUUAUGGUUUGCUCAUCCCCGGCGCCAUGAGGGGGCAAAAGGGGGAACAUACCCUAGCUCAUCACCAAAUCCCCCCAGCCCAGAACACAAUGGCCCCCUCAAGAAUUAUUGUCGUAUGUCCUGGAUUUGCUAUUGAUGUGAUGUGAGUGACAGGUUGUCCUGACCUUGUACCAGUAAACACGACAACAGAGAAGAGAAGAGAUGUCACUGCAAGAAGGAGGAGAAGUUAUUUUGAUUACAGAUUAUGAAGGCACAUGAAUAUUAACAAUAAUAUUAUUAAUAAUAA